AAAGACGUCAUUAUCCGCAUUUUACAACAUUUCGCAAAUAAAAAAACACUUUGGAAUAUUACUAAUUUUGUGAUGCUCUUUCAAGCUGUGAUGAAAUUUUUGUCUAGACUUGUUUAGAUCAAAAUUUAGUCUAUUAAGCAAAUGGUCAAUUUAAUUUGUCAUUAAAUUCGCCAAUUGGUCGACAUCAAAAUCACGUUUCGUUUCAAACGACGAAUUUAAUUCAGACGAAUUCAUUUCAUGAUUAGCGAUCAUGGAUUACCCAGAAAUAAAAACCAGAGGAUCAGAAAGACAGAAACAGACUUUAAUAUAAUUUAUGCAUUUGAUUCGAUACGACGACGUACCUAACCAAUUUAUGAGCUUUUAACAUUGAACGGGGGGGGGGAGUUAAGAAUUGCUGUUUUUGCAAGUAUGUAUCGGGCAAGGCAGGUAUUUCCGCGGGUGCUGUCCACAAUAAUUUUUGCCAGAUUGUAUCAUGAUUUCUUUUUAUUCUAGUUUACUCUGCCAGGAGUACUCAAUAUUGUGGCAGGUGCAAUCAGAAAUGCCGUUGUGGUAAGGGCCGGAGAGAAUCAAAACUUUCCCACUUAAAGGCGGUUUUCCACUAGGCGAAAUUUUUCGAUCGAACCGAAAUUUCUAUUGUUCAAUUUCAAAAGAUUUCUGACUCUGUUUAGUUCCAUCUGAGUGCUUGUAAGACAAAAGGAAAUUUCGAUUCGGUUGAAAAAUUUCGUCUAGUGGAAAACCGCCUUUACAAGUACUCAGAUGGAACUAAACAGAAAUCUUUUGAAUUUGAACAAUAGAUAUUUCGCCUAGUGGAAACCGCCUUUAGCGGGAAAACUUUCUGUCGUGUCAGCAACUUUUCUGGUUUUAAAAUAUAUUUUUAAGUUUUUUAAACUUUUCCCCGCCUUGCGCGUCACACCAGUGCCAGGUCACAGAAUAAGGUACAUGUACCUUAUUCUGUGGCCAGGUCACAAGCCAGAAACUUUACCCGGUAUAAGCGGGAUAACGUUUCUCCUUAUGAACAGAACAAAAUUAUUUGGCCAGCCAAAAUGUUUUCUCGCUAACCGGGAUAACUUUUGCCCAUAUGAAAAGGCCCUAAGUUUGUGUUUUCUUCAUGAAUUAUUAAUGCGUUUCACAACUACUUUUGAAAUCGGUCUAUAACUUUAAUUCUUUCAUUCUAGAUGGGUUAUGCUUUGUUUUUCAACAUCAUUGCUAUGGUCGUUUAGACCGCAGCUUCGAUCAUUUUGAUCGUAAUAGCUGGUGCCAUGAAUGAAUUCGCGAGUGAUUACAAGAGCCAGUGCAUCGAUAGCGGAUGUAAAUGCAAAUGCUCAUCUAUCAAACAAGGCAAUGAUGAUCUCAACGGCUACCCGUACGGCAAUACAGAAGUCGUAGUUAGUGUAGAAUGUAAGUAAAGGUUGGUUUUCAUUGCUAAGGCCAGGGACGCUGGAACUGGGGGGGCAGGAGGGGCAGCCGCCCCCGUUGCCCUUUACCAAAAAGGGCAAGAUUUUCUAAGCCAGGCAAUAUUUUUUUUUACACCUGUAGAAGUAAUUUUUUUCUCACUUUAUGGCUGGAAAUAUUUUUAAGUGCAAUUGACCAUUUGCGUAAUAGACUAAAUUUUGAUCUAAACAAGUCUAGACAAAAUAUAUAGCCUUGCGAAGUUUGCAAUUUUCAGUCAUUUUGUAUUACAAACGGGAAAUUGACAGUCCCAAAGGGUAUUGGGCAGUCAAUUUCCCGUUUGUAAUACAAAAUGACUGAAAAUUGCAAACUUCGCAAGUACUAGUCUAUAUCCGCAUUUUAUAACAUUUUGCAACGAAACUUUGGAAUAUUACUAAUUUUGUGAUGCUAGCUAGCUCUUUCAAGCUGUGAUGAAAUUUUUGUCUAGAUCAAAAUUUAGUCUAUUACGCAAGUGGUCAAUUUACAGGCUUAUCUUCCAAGCUAUACGAUUUUUUUUGCUGGGGAGUGUGCUGUGCAAUAUCUGUGUCUGAAAGUGGCGGUUAAGUUUGUUCUGCUUGUGCGCAGGUUUCUUUGCAUAAUUUGUGUCAAAACAUUUUCUUUCAGGGAACAUGACAUGCAGUGACUUUGGCACACUUUAUUCUCUCUUCGUCGCUGUGCUGGUCAUGUAUAUUAUCCUCGCUGUGACUUCCUUCACUGCAUCAAUCUUCGGCUGUCGGGGUACUUGCCAUUGCCACUGCGAUUGCUGUGUUCCUGUUGUAAGUGUAUACCUUAAAUACCCAGCAUGAGCUCCACCUUUGAAUUUACUAUAUGAGUACAUUUUUAAACACGUCCGAAUUUAUCAUUAUGAUAAAUUCGCGGCACAUUUUGAAUUUAUCGUAAUAAUAAAUUCGCGGCACCUAACACUAACCCUAACACCUAACCACUAACCCUAACUUUUUAACUUUGUAACUUUUUUAACUUUUUUAAAAAUCUAACUUUUUAAACUUUCUUUGCUUUUUAAAACUCUUUUAAAACAUUUUUAAAACUUUUUUAAAAACUAUUUUUUUAAAAAAGUUGAAAAUCUCUAGUGCCAUUACAUUUAUAACAAAAAGUCUUGUCAAAUGCUUGUGGUUUUAUGGUUAACUCUAUUGAUAAAUUCAAAACGUGCCGCGAAUUUAUCAUAAUGAUAAAUUCGGACAUGUUUAAGAAUUUACUCAUAUAGUAAAUUCAAAGGUGGAACUCAUGUUGUAAAUAACUUUGGGGACUGGUCAUUAUUUAUGGGGGGGUGGGGCUGGCACCGAAGAGAAAUGUUUUUGGCGUGGCAAAACUAUUUUGUUGACCCAACCAUUAAAAAGUUAAAAAUUUGAUUACCCAACCUCAAGUAUCAAUUAAAAAAUAACUACCCAUCCCUGGCCAAAAACGUUACAAAAGGAUGCCAUUCAGUUGUCACACAUGUCCUUCACCACUUCUGUGACACGAGUUUGAUAACCGCUUGUAAAAAAUUUAACUAAAUUUCUGCAGUCUAAAGUUUCAUGUUGUCUGCAUAUGUACUUUCUUUGGAGACACCAUUUGCUUUCUAACAAAUCGGAAAAUGAUCAAGAUAGUGACUCUGAUUGAUUCACGUAUUGUAUUUACCACAAAUGAUUGUUGACAUUGCUUUUUAAUCUUCAAUAUUUGAGUGAGUCAUGCUUUGGAAAUGACAAUAAUUUUUAUUACCUAACCCUUGAGUUGUUUUGUUUUUCAUUUACCCAACCUUUUACUCACUCAAAAUUUUGUUUACCCAACCUUUUUCUCUUCGGUGCCACUCCCUGCCAUAAAUAAUGACAUCUCUCUUACUACUUUGGGUGCCAAAAAUUCUUCUCCGCUCGUAAUGGUGGAUAACGAGGGACACGUGAGGUUGUAGAAAGUUAAAUUCGUAGGGCGAAACAAAUUACACCAGCGGUCUUGGUUAUACAUGGUGGUUCGAUGUAUGUUCAUGGCCAGAAAAACGAAACAAACGAAAAUACAGAAUAGGUAGUAACGUGCAUCAGGCAAACAUUACAUUAAAUAUUUAUACAAACUAUGUUCUGCAACCAGCAGUUGAGGCAAUUUGCAACCGACCUAUACGUACCGUAUUCUCUGAUUUUAAGAUUUACAUCAUCGCGGAAUAUAGCCUAAUAUAAUUAGCCUUUUUCACGAAGGCCAAAUUCGCCAGUUUUGGGGUAAAAAAAAAUCUGUGAAAAAUCUAAGCGAUGUGAAAACAUUUUUUCAAAUAUUCAACUGUAAAUUAACUUAUAAUGAUUAUACUCACAAAUCCCUUAUUCACUGCAUACAAUCUCAGAUUUGGAAAUGGCGACAUGAGAAAGGCUAAUUUACUGUCACACACGUAAAAACGCACAAGUUGUCACAAACCUACAGCGGACUUGUGGCUGCAAUGCUGUUCCAACACCUUGUGAGCAGGAUGUAUUCGCACCGCUUGUUCUUAUGAACUAGCCUGUUGACAACUUCGGCUACAAGGUUUCUGAUGUUACUCUGAGUGUAUAUCCACACCGGGUAAGCUGAAAAGUUAGAAAUAGAACCCGCGACCUUUGGGAUACUAGUCCAAUGCUCUGCCAACUGAGCUACGAGGCCAAGUCUGUUCGAGUGUGUGGUAUUUCGGAACUAAGUUUAGUACCUUCGAUACCAAUGUGUUCUAUGAUCAUGAUAUUUUUGUGUGUGCUUUGAUGUUAUGUACUCAGGUGAAUAUAAUGUUUUUGAUGUUACUCUGAGACCCAGACUCACACACUCGAACAGGCUUGGUCUCGUAGCUCAGUUGGCAGAGCAUUGGACUGGUAUCCCAAUUCCCAAAGGUCGCGGAUUCGGUUCCCACCGUGGUCAGGCUAACUUUUCAGUUUGCCCGGUGUGGAUAUACACUCAGAGUAACAUCAAAAACAUUAUAUUCACCUGAGUACAUAACAUCAAAGCACAUGCACACAAAAAUAUCAUUGCUACAAGGUUGUUGAGCUAAACAGCAGUAUAUGACCGUUCGCUGGUUAGGUCGGCAGGGCAUGACCUUGCUUUUCUUCUUAUCACGUGAUUUUCUAGAACCAAUAUAUGGUGGCAACCGAUGGAUGUCAUACCGGUGGCACAGUUGUUGUCUCGUCCAAUCAAACCUCAAUGAUGCAUUCUGGUUGUCCAGGGUAGGUGGCGCCUGCCCAUGUUCACAUGCACCCCGUUACUUGUGAAGACACACCUGGCCUGGUCCAAAACAUGGCUAUUUGAAGCGACGGCCAUUUAUUAUCUUACUGAUUUUUCUGAUUUAUACUUAAUAUCAUUUUAUUGCUUUUAAUAAACGUAAUUUAGAUGGAGGUAGUCGAUGGAGGUAGUUGAUCGCUUAGUGAAGCCCAGCUGAACGCCGAC